CUCUGUCUCUCUUAUAAUACUAAUGGUUAUUUAUUUAAUAUUUGUUUUGUUGUCAAAAAAUUGACCUGUAAUUUUGAUUGCCUAUCUGCUAGAGGUAAACAACCUAGCGCUAAUCGACUUAUAAAUGGUAAAACACAAUUACGUUUUAGCACUUUAGCCAUGGGUACUACAAGUUCGAAAUUCGAAAUUGAAAUUUAGACAGAAAGAUGCGUACAAUGUGGCUACAACUGGGACUAUGGAUGUUGCUCAAUGAGGCAACGCAUGCACGCCUCCUGAAAUUCACGAACGUCAAGUGCUUGGAGCUGCCAACAAAUGGGGGCUUCUGCCGCUACGACUAUUGCCGCCUGAAGGUGGUGCGACGCAACCACGUGGAGCUGUCGCUGAAGGUUACACUGCUGGAGCUGCCCGUCACGAAUCUAACUACCCGACUGCAGUGCUUCCAGCGUAGGGAUGGGUAUCGUCCCUUUCUCUACAACAUACUCUUCGAUUUCUGCAAGCUAAUGGGUGCACGCAAAUAUCAGCUCUCAUUCGAGCGAUUCGUCUUCGAUACGAUCAGACAGCACAGCAACUUCAAUCACACCUGUCCCUGGACUGAGAAUUACAUGAUGGUGGACAAGUUCGCUCUGGACAUUAACAAGAUGAAUAUGCCGGUGCCACCAGGUGUCUACCGUCUGGACUUUACCUUCUAUGCCUAUGGCAUUGCACGCAGCCUAACUCAGGUAUACUUCGAGAAACUAGACUGAGGCUAGGGCAUUACGCAGCCGUUCAAUGCAGUGGUUGACGUUAUUCUUCAUCUGAACUCAUCUGUUUUCUAUAAUAACAAUAAAUUGUUUGUCUGGGCAAGUUAAGGCCAAUCAAGUCAAUAAACAAUUACCGCUGUCACAAAGAACC